AUGUCAUCCCCCAUCCCCGCCCCACAUGCAACCCCACCCCGCCUCCGCCGCGAUGUCUCUCCUCCCGUCACGCCUGACCGCCCGCGCCUCCCGGCGCAAAUUCACCUUCACCGGGCCGCCUCCCGCCGUGCCAUAAGCGUCGAGCAGGAGUAUAUGGCGACUGUUGGGCUUCGCGAUUGGCAUGAGUGUUUGAUUCCCGUUGAUAUUCACCUUGAGCCGGAGGUUCGAGUUGCUUUGCCGGCCAGGCUUACGGAGAUCCCUGUUACUUUGCCAGUCAUUGUUGGGCCAGUUGGGCGUCUUUGGAGGGUUUGGAGUGUUAUGAAGGGGGCUUUCAGGCUCGUUUGGGGCCGCGCCGGCGGUGUUAUGGGUUUCGUUUUUAGGCUCUGGAUUAACGGUUGUGCUUUUGCGCGUGAGAGGUCCAUGGGCGAGGGAAAGUAG